UCCUGCUGUUUCCACCAUGGAUUAUGACAUCAGUGAGCUCAACUGCAGCGUAUCAGUCCAGAAUCUUUCUCCGACCGGCGAAGUCCUCAAGAACAAACUCUUCAAGAACAUCACCCUCGUCUUAUUACGCAACGAAUUCAAGGACAUCAUCUUAAAGAUCGACCAGGGCAAGACGGACGUUAAAUACACCCUUCAAGACAUCAAGGUGUUCAGCAGAUUUGCGAAGGACGGAAAAGCGACGAUACGAAUCCCAGGACAGAAAAUCCAGCUCUUAAUCUCAAAUUGUCCCCCGGCAAAGCUUGUGCUGUUCCUGAGAACUAUCGCUGCAAAGGUGGAACACCUGAAGCAGGUUGGUGUGGCCUCAGACAGACAGAGGUUGCGAUCAAACCUGCCCAGAAGACUGGAGCACAUCAGUCCACUGAACCAGAAGGACCUGGAUGCAGUAAACAGAAUCAGGGAGGCCCAGGCUAGUGCUGCACUGAAGGGCAGAACUCCUGGGCUGAAGAGGAAGAGACCACUGGGGGACACCACAAAUGCUCAGGUUGACCCUGUCCCAAGGAAGAAGCUGCACAUGUCCAGCACAGUGUCCAGACUGACCCAGGAGCAGCAGGCUGUACUCAACGCUGUCCAGGCUGGGCACAACAUCUUCUUCACUGGCAGUGCAGGUACAGGGAAGUCCUUCCUGCUGAGGAAGGUUAUCGGAGCCCUCCCUCCUGAGCACACGUUUGCCACGGCCAGUACAGGAGUCGCCGCCUGUCACAUCGGAGGGACGACUCUGCAUUCCUUUGCAGGUAUAGGCUCAGGCACGGCAGCUAUCCAGCAGUGUUACGAGCUUGCCUCACGGCCUGGCGUGCGGAAACAGUGGAGGCAGUGCAGACAUCUCAUCGUGGACGAGGUCUCAAUGAUCGAUGGUGACUUCUUCGACAAGUUGGAGGCUGUUGCGCGAGCGGUGAGGAAAAACGACAAACCGUUCGGAGGGAUCCAGCUGAUCCUGUGUGGAGACUUCCUACAGCUGCCUCCUGUCACCAAACCUGGGGAGAAGAGAAGGUUCUGUUUUCAGUCCCGAUCUUGGCACAAGUGUAUCCAGGCCAGCUACGAGCUGACCCAGGUCAAGAGACAGACCGACCCGACCUUCAUCAACAUCCUACAGAACAUCAGGGUCGGCAGAUGUCCACCAGCAGUGUCUACACGACUGUCUGCUACCGAGACACAUAAGAUUGAGAGAGAGGACAUUGUUGCCACACGACUCUGUACGCACAAGGAGGACGUCAACCACAUUAACGAAGUCCGACUUAACGAGCUGGAGGGAGACACAAAGGCAUUUGAGGCCCAUGACAGCGACCCAGACCUGGUGAAGACCAUCAACACCCUCUGUCCUGUGGAGAAAACCAUCCAGCUGAAGGUGGGAGCACAGGUGAUGUUGGCUAAGAACCUGGAUGUACAGCGAGGUCUGGUGAACGGUGCUCGGGGAGUGGUGACAGGCUUCCAGACUUCAGGGGCAGGCCUCCCCAUUGUGAAGUUCCUGUGUGGAGUGACCGAGCCUGUGAAAAACGAACGCUGGACGUUCAAAGCCACCGGGGGCAUCUACCUGACGAGGCGACAGCUGCCGAUCAAACUGGCCUGGGCCAUCUCCAUCCACAAGAGCCAGGGCAUGUCUCUGGAUUGUGUUGAGAUGUCGCUGUCCCGUGUGUUUGAGAGCGGACAGGCGUACGUCGCCUUGUCCCGCGCACGUAGCCUGCAGGGUCUCCGUGUGCUCGACUUCGACGCCAAGUGCGUCCGCGCCAACCCGGACGUGCUACAGUUCUACCAGAGGCUGAGGAAGCAGCAGAGACUGAUGCAGGCUUCCAUGGACAGAUAUGUGGACAAGGAGAAUCAGCAGCCUACUUGGUAG